AUGCCGAAUGCAAGUUUACUUUGCUUGAAGUCAUCAAAAUCACACCCAGGUCUUUCAUUGCAUAAAUUUCCAACAAAUCCCUUGCUACGUAGUAGUUGGCUCAAAGCCUGUGGAUUUCUAGAUAGUGACUAUGGACCUAAGAGAAAGUUAUGCUCACGGCAUUUUGAGGAAGAUUGUUUUAACGGUAAUAUUAAACGGUAUUUAAAGCCGAAAUCAAUACCCACGCUACAUUUAAAAUGUAGAAAAAAACUAACAUACAACAUACCAAACAUUUUGUAA